AUGGACACGCCAAAGGUUAAAACCACCAUGAAACAGGUCUGUGAUAAUUGUCGCCGCCGCAAACUCAAAUGCAACCGUCUCUAUCCAUGCGAUAGAUGCCGGAGUGCUCUUCUCUGCUGCGCAUACACGGACGUCUUACAGCGGAAAGGCCCGAAAUUUCGCACCUUCUAUCCCCGCUCUUCUCUCAGCUCUCCUGGCAAUGAAUCUCCCUGUUCGCCAUCGUUUCCAACGCCCCCUCACUCCACCUUCUCUGGAGAUUUUGAUAAAAGUCUUCCACCUCUUCCCGCUCCGCCAUUUCUCUUGCCCGGACCCGUCAUCUCUUCUGAUAGUUCAUCGUGGGAGUAUCCACCAGACCCUCAACCGGUCUCUUCCCGCCUGUCUUCUUUGGUUAUUCUCGCGCAUUUGAAUGUGUAUCUAAAGUACUUAUUCCCUAUUAUGCCUGUCUUCAAACCAGAUCAAGUACUGGCGGACAGCAGCGAACCGGCACGUCUACCUCCACAGCGAUAUGCAUUUCUUGCAGCCCUUUGCGCAGCAACUCAUAUCCAACUGAAACUGGAUGGGCCGGCACAGCGUGAUGGGUCGGACAAAGAUCCAACACCCAUAGACGACGGAACGUUAAUAUCGGGAGAGGAUUUGUUAUCAGAAGCCCUAAGAGCAAGGCUGGAUUACGACCUGAUCGACUCUCCAAGCAUCGACAAUCUUCUCACCUCAUUUUAUCUCUUCAUCUCGUACGGAAAUCUGGAAAGACACCACCACGCAUGGUACUAUCUUUGCCAGGCGGUCUUCAUGGCCCACACAUUGAGGCUUCACCAAGAGUCGUCGUACUCCAAUUUUGACGCCGGUGAAGCUGAGGAGAGACGAAGGGUAUUCUGGCUGCUUUUUGUCACUGAAAGGGCGUAUGCACUUCAGCAAACCAAACCUGUUAUGUUGAGGAAUUCUAUAAGAAAACCAGAAGUCUUCAAUGAGGACGACCCUAUCCUUGCGUACGGGUUUCUGAACUUAAUUAAUCUCUUCGAGAAACUUUCUCCAGAUCUUUACGACUGGAUUGUUUCAGGCCAGGUAGAUGAGGCUUCCGGACAAGCACUAGCAAAUCUAAUUUUUCGCGACUUGAGUUCCCCUAUGUCCCUGGAAGGAGUAUUAGAGACUCAGCAAAUUGACAUUCUUGUCACUCAACAGUGGCUCCGAGCGGCAAUGUGGAAGCUCCCAGAGCGUGAAAUGUUCCAAAAGUCAUUCGGAAGCCAAGGGACGCUUCCAUCUGACCUCUCCAUUGCGGCAAGGAGAUCAAUGAUGGAGGUUCUAGAAGUGGCAUCGGAAGCCGCAAUAGAUUCCGAGGGCAUUGGAACAGUCCAUUCGUUCUAUCCGUUCUUCCCGAUCCGUCGAGCAGCAGUUAGCUAA